AAAAAAUCAAGUUGAAAAUCAGUUGUGUUCAAAUAUAGAAAUCAACAAUUGGAAGUAAUUUCUAAUAUCUUUCAAGGUAAUCUAUCAACUCUUUGUUACAGAAAUAUCUUCAUAAUUUUUCUCGCUUUUGGAAUGUGAAAGCCUUCAGAAACGCAGCAAAACUUGUAAAAAUUGCCUACUUAUCUAAUGUUUCCUUGAAACCGAGUAGUUACAAAUAUCCGGUUAAACUUUUUCUUACUAUUCAUUUACUUAUAGUCCCAGUCAUUUAACCUGACACCAAAUAAAUCACGGUUUCACUGCUAAUGAUGUUUCCUAUCCAGGUCUCCUUAAGAGCAAUCCUCUUUUGUAAAUUUCAAUAAAGCUAUUCAUUAUUCGGUGGUUUAUUAUAACUUCAUCGUGUAAUUUAAUCCUACUGUUUCUUACUUUGUAUUUGCAACUACUGAAUUUUAUGGUACUGUGUUUUAAUACUUUUCGCAUAAUUUUCCAGUAAUCUAAAAUUCAUAACUCCUAGUCUAGUUUAAUUUUCUGUAUUCGACUUUCAGCUGUAUUUCAUGUGGGGGCUUGUAUAUUAACUAACCACCUAAAUUGGAAUAAAGAAAGGAGUUGAAAUCUGUGAAACACAUACUGAAAGCAGAAUACUUUAGUCACUAGGCCUCUGAUCUUCAUUCUAAGUGUUUACUUUAAAAUGACGAUAAAUUGGAAGCUGAACUGCGUCAAUGAUAAAUGUAUCGAAUUGUUUGAAGUAGUUUUAUAUUAAGAACUUUAAACAUAACUACAAGAAUGUUCUUUUCUUUUUUAGUGUAUAUCUAUUAAUCUGUUUUUCAUAUCUACCAAUAUGCCCCCAAAUGCCCUGGUACGGCCGAGAGUGGGGAGAGUCCGCUCUCCCUCUCGAAAUACUCUCACAUGGCCACGCGUAUAUAGCCUCUGCCACAGAAGUCCUACUCACUGCCUUCUCGUGGCGGGGGUGUUGUUUACGAAAAUGAGAGGACGAAAAGUGAAUGUCCGGCGCUUUAACCGGAUUCCAAACCAAUGGUGCACAUGGGCUCCAGUAUCCUGCGGGAACAAAUGCCGUACGAACCAAUUGUUGGUCACCGGCUUCCAUGGGACUGCAUCUCCUUACGAUUCUCCACUGCCUUGUGGAUCAGACCUUCAGGUCGAAGGUUUAGGGAGUGGCCCCCUAAGAUAACCACCUGAUUCGGUUUGGGCACCUGGGCAGUAUUACAGCCCUCACACAUAUCGAAUGGGAUUUGUGUGGCGCAUAUGUAUUUGGUGCCUCCUUGUACCAAUAUCUAUGUGUUAAAAUAAUAAUAAUAAUAAUCUACCAAUAUCAGAUAUAUAGAAAUCGAAAUAUGGAACAAGGUUUACGAUUCUGUUGGUAUUUACUUCCGACUUUAUUGGCAUGGAUAGUAAAAUAUGCAAUUCGUCUAAUUUUAUUACCGAUUUUCAUCGUAUUUAUUCUUGGUUAUGUUGUGAAAUAUUUCAAGAAAAAGUCUAAAUUGCGCAUUAAAUUAUUACGUAAAAGACAAUCAAUAACUCAAGGAAUGGAUCAUCUGAAAGAACAUCUUUCAUCCACGAAAAGUUCAUCAAAUAUUGAUUUACUAUCAGUUACAGAUCUGAAUUUAGAUACUAUCCAAGAACGUUUAGUUGAAGGCAAAUUUACAUCAGUUGAAUUAUUACAUGCCUAUCAAAUUAAAGCUUUACAAUUAUAUGACUCAGGAAAUUCAGGAAUAUGUGAAUUUCUUGAUGAAGCGGAGCAGUUGGCUGUUGACGUUGCUAAAUUUAAUCGCUUACCUAAAAGUAAACAAACGUUGGUUGGUAUUCCUAUCAGUUUAAAAGAAUUAUGUUCGACCAAGGGAUAUGAUGUAACAUUUGGUUUGAUAGAACGAUGUAAUAAACCUUCACAUGAAGAUUGUUGCAUAUUGGAAGUACUUAGACAUGAAGGAGCAAUACCUUUUGUUCUGACAGCAACUUCUCAAACAGCUCUAUCUCUGAGUGGAAUAAAUCCAGUAUUUGGUGAUAUGUCUAAUCCUCAUUCAUCAGAACAUGAAACAGGCGGGAGUUCUAGCGGUGAAGGUGUACUUCUAAGUUUACGGGGAUCUCCAGUUGGAAUCGGAACAGAUUUGGCUGGAAGUAUACGAAUUCCUUCGGUGUUCUGCGGUCUUGUUGGCUUAAAACCAACAACUAAUCGUAUUAGUAGUAAAGGUGUGGGUGUGAUCGGUCAUAAAAAGUCAGUAUUAUUGAGAGUAAGUGUUGGACCAAUGGGUAGACGAGUGGAUGAUCUAGCUAAAUUAAUGCGUACACUUUUAACAACGAAAAUGUUUCAAAUGGAUCCAUAUGUGCCACCAUUACUGUUUAAUGAUAUGAUCUACGCGGGUACAGAUAAGCCGAAAUUGACAAUCGGAUAUUAUGCGACUCUAGAGGAUCCACUAAUUAUUACUAGCGUUCCAAGUGUUCGCAGAAUAGUGAAUGAAUCAGUGGACAUUCUAAGACAACGCGGUCAUAUAUUGUUACCGUUUCAUCCACCUGACAUAAAAUGGGCUUAUGAAUUAGGUAUGAAGGCGAUUUCUGUUGACACAAAAUAUAAUCUUCAAGAGGCUUUGUUUGCAGAACCACUAAAUGAACACACCAAAUUUCUCCACCUUUUAAUUAGUCUCCCACACUGGCUGAAAGUUAUGAUAGAUAAAUUAUUGAAUAUUAUCUUUGGUAGACCAGCUGCGGUUACAAGUUUUUUGGACGGUCCUAGGGGCGAAGCAAAAACAUUAAAUUUAAUCUCAGAUAUUGAAUUGUAUAGACAUGAAUUUCAAAGAGCUAUGGAAGAAGCUUGUAAUUUGGAUGCAAUCAUUUGUCCAGUUUUCCCCUUCCCAGCAUUUCCAAAGUCGGCUAAAUCGAUGUUUGUUACGCCAGCUAUUGCUUAUACAGUAUUGUUUAACUUGUUAGAUUAUCCAGCUGGAACAGUCCCAAUGGGAUAUGUGAGUAAGGAAGAUGUACAAAACUCAAAAGUGAUGGCUGAAGAAUACAAGAAAGUCGGCAAUCGAUUUCUUUCUGAGGUAUUCAAGUACCAGGAAACAAGUGAAGGCUUACCGGUUGGUGUACAAAUUAUUGGUAAACCAUGGCAAGAAGAGCGUGUGCUAUAUGUUAUGAAAGAACUGGAGACAUCAAGAACACAGAAUAAUUAGAACCGUUAUUCUAAACCUUAUUUCUUCAGUUGACUUAGCUUGACCAUAUAUUAUCGCGUUACUGUAAAAUAUUCAUUACCGUUUAAUCCACACAGAAGUAUAAUAUUUUAAUAUGAAAAAAACUGAAUUCGGCUUUCGAAUUUUGAAAUCUACCUACUUCUUUCAUCGAAAUAUAAAAAUUUCUAGAU